GAUUUACAUUUACUAGGUUAGGGCCCCAAACACGUUUGUUAUACAUUGAUAUUUGCAUAUAAGCUAACAGUUUCAUGACAUGUGUAGAGCUUUACAUUAAAUAGGGUCAGCUUGUAGACUAUAGUCCUACUGCAAGGAAACAUCAGCUGCUCAUGCACUAAUUAGUAUCAGUUUCAUAUAUGGGCAAGUAAACAUGGGAACCUUUGACGUGACACUUUCUAAAAACAGCCCUGACACUCGCUCGAGCUGCCAGAUUGGGGGCCACGUGAAACUCUGUAUGAGGAACAGCUUGAACCAGUGCUAUUACUGUGGCCCUUCUUUCAACUUCACUCCGAACUAAACGGCUUGGGAUGUUAUGAAGCAGGAUUAACCAUUGCCUAUUAUUAAUUUGACACUAUUUUAAUGUCUUAUCGGAGUGGGUGCAUCAGAAGAGAAACGUCAUAGAUAAUUUGGAGAAGCAGCUGAUUUGUUCCAUCUGCCUGGAAACAUUUACCAAAACAGUGGUCAUUUUACCGUGGCAACACAACCUCUGUACAAAGUGUGCCAAUGAUAUCUUUAAGAGGGGGGUCAGUGACCUCCGGUGGCCGUUUCCGGUGCCCGUCCUGCAGGCACGAGGUGGUCCUGGACCACUACGGGGUCUACGGGCUCCAGAGGAACCUGCUGGUGGACAACAUCAUCGACAUGUUCAAACAGGAGUCCACCAGCAGCCCUAGGUCAGCGGCCCCAGAGAGGACGGAGGAGCAGGCCAUGUGCCAAGAGCACGAGGAGGAGGAGGUCAACAUCUACUGUGUGACCCACAGCGUGCCCACCUGCUCCAUGUGCAAGGUGUUUGGAGCCCACCAGGACUGUGAGGUGGCGCCGCUCAAAAGCAUGUACCAGACACAGAAGACCGAGUUGACUGACGGGAUAGCGAUGAUGGUGGGGAACAACGACAGGAUCCAGGGCAUCAUCAGUCAGUUAAAGGAGACCUGCCAGACCAUAGAGGUGACUGGCCCAGUGUGGCAGCACCUGUCUUUCUGUCUCUGUCUGAUUGCCAUGUAG